AUGUCCAUCAAAGUUGCAAUCGUCGGCGCAGGCCUCAUCGGCCCUCGUCACGCGAAAUCCGUCAUCUCCAACCCAUCCACUGAGCUCACAGCCCUCGUGGACCCAAUGCCAGCAGGCGAAGCAACAUCAAGAGAGCUAAACACCAACUACUACCCAACAGUAACAUCUCUCCUCUCCUCCCCCAACCGCCCAGACGCAGCAAUCGUCUGCACACCGAACCACACGCACGUUCCAGUCGCAAAAGAACUCCUAGCGGGCGGCGUCCACGUCCUACUGGAAAAGCCAGUCAGCGAUACCCUCGAGACCGGCCGCUCUCUCCUGGAGUACGCCAACGCCCCAGAGCGCGCCCACCUCAAACUGCUAGUCGGCCACCACCGCCGUUUCAACCCCUACGUGCGAGCCACCAAGUCCAUCUUAGACUCCGGCUCCCUCGGUCGCCCGAUCGCCGUGAACGGUCUGUGGACGCUGUACAAGCCAGACUCAUACUUCGCACCGCCCACUGACUGGCGCGCCUCCAAUGAGCGCGGCGGCGGCGUCAUCCCCAUCAACCUCGUCCAUGACAUUGACCUAAUGCACCACCUCUUCGGUCCAAUCGUGCGAGUCACAGCCGAGCAGAUCCUCCCACAGCGUCCAAGCCCACCGCAUAAUGCGGACGAGGGCGCAGCUCUCACAUUACGCUUUGCAUCGGGUGUUGUUGGGACAUUCCUGGUCUGCGAUGCCACACCAUCCCCCCACAAUUUUGAAACUGGGACUGGUGAAAACCCGCUUAUCCCUCGCUCGACUACUGGCGGUGAUUCGGACUUUUAUCGGAUUUUCGGUUCGGAUGCUUCGCUUAGUGUGCCUGAUUUGACGCGCUGGAGUUAUGAUGGACGUGCUGAGAAAAGCUGGAAUCAUCCGCUGACUGUGGAUCGUAUUUCGCUUCCUGACGAGGCUGCGCCGUUUGAUUUGCAGCUGGCGCAUUUUGUUGAUGUUAUUCGUGGGACGGCGGAGCCUAGUUGUACUGGUGAGGAGGGGUUGCGGGCUUUGAUUGUCUGUGAGGCUGUUCAGAGGGCUAUGCGGUCUGGACAGCCUGUUGAUAUCGAUGUUGAUUUGCUUAAGAAAUGA